CCAUGUCCGCCUUAUGUCCGCCUUACUCACUAAGAACUUAGAAAGUUCACGUGACCUACUGAUUUGUGGCCAAAAUGGAAUAAGGUUGCAACAUUGGAAUUAUGGCAGAUGAAUUUAUCGAAACAUAUGAGCUACAGACAAUAGUCCGUGACUUUCUCAGGAUUAUUUCUCGUGCAGAGAAUGUAUCGGAGUUUGCAGAAUGUUUGGAGAGAGCAUUUGGAAAUCUGACAGAGGCCGCUACCAUUUCUGGUGUUCGAUUCAAGAUAGAGUUCCUAGAUCGCCAUUAUGUCCCGUUCAUCGAAAGUUUAUUGCGUUCAACAACUGUUGGCUUUUACUCGACUUUGGAUCAAAAGAAGAAAGCGAUUUUUGAAGCGUUCUUUCUCGAUGGGAUUCCCUCUCAAAGCCUUGCAGUCCUCUUGUCUUCACUGGAAAGACUCUCUAAGUCUGAUGAUCUUUUAUCGGUUACAGCGAUACUAGAAAGGUUCAUAACCUCAUCAAAGCUGGUUGACAUCUUCACAUACUUCUGCAUUGACGGGAAUGCUGCGGUAACACAGCAAAGGAAAAUCGAGCUCCAUCGUAAACAAAUAAUAACGUUAAUUGUCUCUAUUCCUGAACGGGUUGCAAACAAACAAGGGCGUAACGCGAAGUUAUUGUUUCUGCCUAAUGAAUUUUCAUCAAGAAUUGUAGCAGAUGUACUUGAUGCUUUGACUAAAAUACACAACACUGUUGUAUCCACAUCUUGCCAUUUUUCUUUGAGGUUUAUGAGUGAACUCCUGGGCAGACUUUCAAUGGCUGGCCUUGGUGUAAAACUAAUUUCAAAGAUAUUACCAACUUUAGAGAAACUUAUGUCAACCAGCCCCUUUUGGCAUAAACUAUGUAGUGACUUGGUCACUGGCGUACCAGAUCAUACCAUGGAACCUGUUGUAGAAUCCUUAGUAAAACAAGUGAGGCAACAGGAAACACUUACAAAGUUCUUUGGUGAGAGCAUUGAAAGUAGACCAAGACUAAAGUACUUACUGACAACCAAAUUUCUUUUACUUAGGUACCAUGCAGAUUCUAAUGUUUUGGCAAAUAUUAUUGGGUAUUUAGCAAGUUUGGAAAGUCACCAGACUCUAGUUGAUACUACUAAAGUGUUAUUUGACAACUGGAGCAAUAAGAGUGCCCUCAAACAUACUCCUUAUAAUCACCAUUUGUUUAUCAGUUGUGGCCUAGUGCAUGCUGUUGGAUAUCUUACUCAAGAAGAGAAGGCUGCUCUCAGACAGUCAUUGCUUGGGAGUCUACUAAAUGGUGUCCAGAUUCACCUAGAGAACCCAGUCGCCAGGGUGCGAGAACUUGGCAUGGUGGUAGCAGAGGUUCUCACCAGUGCUUUAGAUACAGAAGGAGACAAACUUUCAUUUGAUUAUAAAGAAAGUAGUGAUAGCAAACUUAUAAAAGAGUUUGCAAAGGGCAAAGAUGCCAUAUUUAAUAAAGCAAAUCUCAAAAAUACCCCUGAGGAAAUUGCUAAUGAUUCUGAAGCAGAUAUUUUUGAGAUGACAGAAAGAACAAGCAAGCUUGGAGUUAGUCAUGAGCAUCAUGAUGCAGAUGAUGAUGACCUAGAACCCUAUGAAAUUGAAGAAGAAUUCACUGAAGAGCAAAAGGCUCCAAGACAUCUGCGUGACUGCAUAGAUGGCCUACUGGAGAGUGACAAGCCAGAAAAAACAGAAGCUGCACUGCAAGCUUUAGACAAGCUAGUGUGCUCAAAUCCAGAUGACUUGCCUGAUGUCUGUGUUGAGCUUGUUAAGAUCCUACUUCAUCUACAAGACAAGUUUUCAACAGAAAACUUUAUUCUGUUACGUCACAAUGCAAUGGUUGCUGUGGCUGUUAGGUUUCCUAAAGAGAUUGCUGGCUACUUGACUGAGGAAUUUUUUGCUGCUAACUAUAAUAUCAGCCAACGUCUUGAUAUGCUAAGUGUACUUACAGCUACUGCACAAUUCCUCUCUGAGCCUCAAGAAAUCCAGAAUGAAAAGAACAUCCCCAAGAGAUUUCCUCUACCUAACCUACAGGACUUAGUUCUUGACAAAACACCACAUUGGCAGAAGAUUGUACAAGAGAGAAUAGAAUCCAAGACCAAGCGCUUUGCAAAAGGCCCAUCAAAGGCUCCACUUAAACAGGUUAUGAACAAGUUCUCUAAUGUAGCUGGCCACUUUUUCUACCCCCUCAUGAAAAACUUUGAUCACAAACUGAAAACUCUGGAUCUCCUAGGAGAAGACAGCUUUGCCCUUGGAAGACUAGUGCAUACUCUAGGUAUAGUGAUGUACUCUGCUCGCGGAACUCUCGGGGCACGCAACAUGGCUGCCACUCUGAUUGAAUUCACUUGGGCUCUGAGAUACCACCCAGAAGCAUAUAUUCGCAGGAUGCUUGUCUUCUCUCAGAUCAUGGUGCUUGUAAGCGUACCUAUCACUGUGCUGCUUGAAGACUGUACUAGUGAGCUUCUGGAAAUCCAGGAAUGGUUGAAAGACUUGGUUCAGAGGGAUUCUGACACAGAGGUUAGAGAGAUUGCACUUCAAGGAUUGUCCGUAAUGGAAAGGAUUUUCAAGGAUGAAUGUGCUGGGACCUCAGGAUAGUGGAGAGUCUAGUCAUUGCAGUUGCUCUCAGGUUGAAGUUCAUACUAGUUUAGGAGGGAAAGGCCAGACACUAAUUUAACUUAGUAAUGGAAGUAUGAUGUUAAAGAAUUUAAGCCUUAAGUGUGGCACCCUCUUACCAACCCCCUUACUGAAGUGUAUGCAUAGAUGAGUUUGAGCCGUGAAAAUUGUUAUUGCAUAUAGCCUUGCCUAUAGGACCAGCUAUAUGGUAUCUUAUUGGCCUAUAAUGAUUUUUUUUUCUCAAAAAAAAAAAAAAAAAAUGUCCAAGCCAAGUAACCUGAGAGUAUUAUUAAUCAAGGUCUGACAUCAAAUUGUCAUUCCCUAACUAACACUUUGUGACGUAGACAUUGACUUAAGUUUGUGAAGUUAUGCCUGGUGACAUAACGAUCAAAAUCCUGGCUACGGGUCUAGUGUGCACCAGGUAUUGGUGAAGGAAGGAGUUCAAUAAAAGUUGAAUAGAUUGUGUUGAAAGAAA